AUGGAUGUUGACAUCAACGACAGACCUCUCAGCGAGCAUGUCUACCGCAUUCUUGCUCCUUACGCAAAAGAAUACAUCACGGUUGAUCAUGUUGCUGUCACCGAGGAGACAGCCGAGCUCCUUCUGUCAAUGAGGCUGGAUUACAUCCCACUCCAUGAGCCGGACUCUCUUAUCCUUCCAGAAGACCCCCUCGUCCUUUACAUUCGAAACUUCAAGUCUCAGAACAUCGCGCCAUACUCGGAACGAUGGGUCGCUAGUGAGGCUUCCCUAAAGCUGCUCAAGAAGACAUUCGUGCCGCCUGAGGAAAAGAAGCUUCCAUCGGAGAGGUGCUGGGACGAGGAUGAUCAUUAUGAACGUUGGGCUGCAAUCUGUCGACCCGAGUCCCCCGUUUUGACUACGCGCGCGCGAAGGGAAACCCCACGUCUCCCAUCUGAUGUUCAUAAGUCUACGACGCCGCAAUAUCUGUCUGAGAUACCGCAAUCAAUCAUCGGUCUAGUCGGUUUUCCGGAAGACGAUGAGGAUCUCGCCUUCAGUGUAACGCGGGACGAAGUCUUGGACUUACGGCUUCAGCUCGACCACCACCAACACAGCGGUGUCGUAUCUUUACUAAAGUCCAUCCCUGCCCUCUGCCCGCCACCCAAAGGAGGUCACCAAAACCGACAUGUCGAGGCCUUCCUUCGUAGCGACUCUCCAAUCCCAGCUAUAUUGCGCCUCGACUCACCACCUCUGUUCCCUCGAGCCACAGAGAGAAGUACUGACAGCAAGAAUACCACGCAUAUACCCAACAUCUCAGGUGUCCUGCCCCUUAUUGCACGGGCGGAGGAUGUGCAUAUGUCGUCGCCUCACCUGGAAGUUGACUGUAUGGGCAUUUUGGAGGGAGAAUCUACCUUUAGUAUUUCAUCGCCUCCUUCUUUCACCCUACGCGACUCCGGUUCCGACCUGGACCUAGCCAGCUUCGGAGCGUCGGACCCUCACACUCCCGAUACGUCCAUGGCAUUGAUGGACGAAAUCGAGAUUCCUCGAACACAAAAACUCGGUUCAGGAGUAUCCUCCGUGAGGAUUACGGACGGGGAAACUUUCGAAUCGUUCGUUUCGAAGCAUGUCCAUCGUCCUGUUAUGCCCAUUCCCAUCCGACCUCAACCCGCUCUUGACACGUCGAAAUCGACUCACAAGCCUCCCUCGUUUCCCCUCGUGCGCUCGCCAGCUCGCACCCAGCUCGAUUCUAUGCUUGGCCAGCCGUCCGAGCCCAAAUCCGAAGACGAGGAGAAAGGAGUGAGAGAGGACAGCGAAGGACUGAGCGACGACUUGGAUCGUGCUCUCGAGCGCAUAUACCGAGGCACGAAGAGAAAGGAGAGGUAUUUCAUUGUAGAAGAGACGCUGGACGAGAAAGAUACCGGUCUGAUGGAAGUCCCCAACCUCCCUCCACCCAACGCCUCUCGUCCGAGCUCAGCUUUCGCGUUGCCAAAUCUUCGACAGCUACUCGCUCCUUCGAAAAAAGCGCGCAAAUUUCACCCUCAUGGGUCGCUACCUCCAUCCACCCCAGCUGACAGCCUGCCACCCGUCCUACGUGGACACAUGAAACCCGUAACAGGUGUAAAACCGCUUAACAUUGAGCUCUCAUGGGUACCGUUCAAAUACGGCGCCAAGGUGCCGACGCAUGAAGAGCUGAGCAGGGUAGAUGACACUAUUGUCACCGAUGUUAAUGCGAGCACCGGCUCGCCGAAGACGCUUGAGGCUCUGAUGGAACGAGGAUUCGUCGAGGAUGCUGAAGGUGGUGGCGGUUCCGCCAAGGAGCUACGAGGUUCGGGGGAUCUGGGACUUAGUCCACCUCAUGUCUCUUUCGAACACCACGAGGAGGAUGGAUUUGAGCUGGCGCUGACGAAGAGGGAAAGGCUCGGCCCCAGGUCUGAACAUGCUGAAUUUGAUGGCGUUGAUCAGGGCAGCCAUUCCCCGGAGCCUGUUGCAUCUCUGCCGCCAUCCGUCCCUCGCGAGGAUCCACCGCAUAUACUCCAUUCUCCGAGCCAGAACCAGCCGACCCCCAACGUCCCUGUCUCGGAUGUGGGUCUAUGGCACAGCAGCGCCGGCGACUCGGGCAUCGACCUCGUCCUGGACUGUGACGCCGCUUCGAUGGGCGAGCAGGUCUCCUGGGACGAUUACUAUGCUCAUUAUCAGGAGCAGCAACUUCAUAACUCUUGGGGCGGAGCUGGGGGACAUGUUCGUCACCCGAUGCGGGACGCGGACACGACGGGCUACUCGAACAUGGCGCCUGUCCAAUACCCGGAUUCUGAUAAGGAGAAUACGCCUCCUCUGAGGGUGGAGCCUUCCCAUGAACCGCUGCAGAUGCGAUAUCAGGGAGACGUUGACGAUAGCCUAGCGUCUGGGAUGGAUAUGGAGGCGUUCAGUGCGAACGGAGAUGACCUUCUCGGAUCGUCCCUUGCUCCUGCUUCUCUCAGCUUUCCAUCUCAGGGGUUGCCCAGGCUUGGUGGAGGCAGUGAUGCUGACAUCGCUAUGGAUGAUCAGAGCGACCAUCCGGGCCAUCCUGGAGAGUCACAGUCUUACUCACAAGCGGACGCUCGACGAUCAAAACCCUUACUUGCCGAAACGAUGGUAUUGCCUACGACCAAGGGCUCCCUCGAAGCGUUCUUGACUCUACGGAGGAAGCCCUUCUUGGCACCUCCAUCCUCGCCUCCGCCGACUGAGGCUGCUCCCGUGCGCGCAGAGCCUCUUGAGCUUCCUGCACCUGACAUUCAGCCUUCUAAUCGCCCCCCAAACAAGCUCAUCAACCCUCAAACUCUCGUUCUUCCCCCUGACUGGGUUCCACAGUUACACAUUCAUCGAUACCUCGCCUCUUUAACCUUCAUCCAGAACCACGGCCUCCUCCGCGUCCUUUCAGGAGACGCACAUGUCGACCUUGUCUCGCGGGACUACCUCAAUGACGUCGACAUCAUCGUCGACCCAGAGGCUGGUGUAAUCUUCGUCUCUCUCCGCUCCCUGGCUGCGCAGCCCGAAUUAGAACGCGUCGCGAAGACGUUGUGCGUCGUCUCGUGGCGCUUCUCCGCUCUACUCGUCGUCUUGCACGCGUAUAACUCCUCGGCAGCGCUCAACGCCAACAGGUCGCGGGCGCCGAACGCUGUUAACGCGUAUACAACCCCGGUGGUGAAGGCCGUUGCGCGUCUACGGCGUAUCAUGGGCUUGUCAGAAGGCGCAGGGGAUCGCGACGGGCGGUGUGUGCUCACAUGGGCAUUCGCGGAGAACGUGAGAGAGGCGGCAUUCUCCGUACGGCAUUUUGCGGAGGGUAUGGAAGCAGAAGCUAUGAAUUCGCAAAAGCAACGAGCGGUACUAUGGGGCGACCGACCGUGGAUGGAUGCUGACGAACAGGAUGGUGAGGCAGACAUGGCUCAUGCCGACGGGAUGAACGUCUUCGCGGCAUUUGUGAUGCUUCUACAGGAUCCAUUCGAUACAAUCGUGAGUAUGUCGUCUGAGGAGAGGACCCAGGAGUUCUCCGACCUGGUGGGAGCGGACAGGGUGAGGUUGCUAAACGCUAAUAUUGAGCGUGAGCGAGCUGCGGCCGAAAAUCAGGAGCUUCCGAAUAGUGACGGAGGUGCUUCUUCGAUGUUUGACUACGCAUGAUGCACUCAUAACCUGCACCCCCCGGAUCCCUGGCCACAUAGAUAUGUAGAUUGUGAAUAUGGACUUGAUACUGACAGGCAAAGACGCAUCUACUGCACACCAUCGAAUAUGUACAUUGAAAGCCCUGCUUCCAUUGUUACUAGGCGUACUGGAGAGAGACUAAUUUUGAC